AUGAUUUAUUUGGUCACUGUUCGUGUUUCAUUGUUGCUAUAUGAUUUCUUCUAUUUUCUUCUCUUCAACUAUCUCUCUUUCUCUUUCACUGCAUGUUUUUUAAAAUCCUCUUUCUUUUUUUUCUUCGUUUUUAUUAAAAAUCUUCCUUUUCUUCAUUUUAAUUCAUUUUUUGCCUUUCAUAUUUCCUAUCUCAUGAUUUAUUUGGUCACUGUUCGUGUUUCAUUCUGUUGUAAACAAAAGAAGCAGCCAAAUAUUAAUAUAUAUUUUUCUUUUUUUUUCCUUUUCUUUUUCUUUUCUUUUUUCUUUAUUUUUCUUCUCUUUUUUCUUUGUUUUUCUUUUUCUUCUCUUUUCCUUUUCUUCUCUUUUUUCUUUUCUUUUUUCUUUUCUUUUUCUUUUCUUUUCUUUUUUCUUUUCUUUUUUCUUUUCUUUUUCUUUUCUUUUCUUUUUCCCUUUUACACAUUUCUUUCCUUUUCUUUUUUCAUUCCUUUUUCUUUUCUUUUCUUUUCUUUUCUUUUCUUUUUCUUUCCUUUUUCUUUCCUUUUUUCUUUUCUUUUUCUUUCCUUUUCUUUUUUCUUUUCUUUUUUCUUUUCUUUUUCUUUUCUUUUCUUUUUCCCCGUUUACAUAUUUCUUUCCUUAUCUUUUUUCUUUUCUUUUUCUUUUCUUUUCUUUUUCUUUUCUUUUCUUUUCUUUUUCUUUUCUUUUCUUUUUCUUUUUUCUUUUCUUUUUUCAUUGUUUUUCUUUUGUUUUUUCUUUUCUUUCCUUUUUCUUUUCUUUUUCUUUUCUUUCCUUCUUUCUUUUCUUUUUCUUUUCUUUUCUUUUUUCUUUCCUUUUUUCUUUUCUUUUUCUUUUCUUUUUCCUUUUUACAUAUUUCUUUCCUUUUCUUCUUUCAUUCCUUUUUUCUUUUCUUUUCUUUUCUUUUUCUUUUUUCUUUUCUUUUUUCUUUUCUUUUUUCGUUUCUUUUUUCUUUUCUUUUUCUUUUCUUUUCUUUUUCCCUUUCUUUUCAUUCCUUUUUUUUCAUUUUUUUUUUCUUUCCUUUUUUUUUCCCCAUUUCCCUGUAAUUUUCUCUUCUCCCCAGUUCAGCAGAUCCACUUUCCGUGUUUAAUUUCAUCUGCUGUCAUAAAGAGAAGCAGCCAAAUAUUAAUAUAUUUUUUCUUUUUUUCUUUUCUUUUUUCUUUGUUUUUCUUUUUCUUUUCUUUUUUCUUUUCUUUUCUUUUUUCUUUCCUUUUUUCUUUUCUUUUUCUUUUCUUUUUUGUUUCAUUUUUAUUUGUUUUUCUUUCCUUUGUUCUUUUCUUUUUCUUUUUCUUUUUCUUUUUCUUUUUACUUUUCUUUCCUUUUUCUUUUCUUUUUCUUUUCUUUUCUUUUUCCCUUUCCAUUUUUCAUUUCUUUUCUUUUUUUUAUUUCUCUUUUCUUUUCUUUUCUUUUCUUUUUUCUUUCCUUUUUCUUUUCUUUUUCUUUUCUUUUCUUUUUCCCUUUUACUUUUUCUUUCCUUUUCUUUUUUCAUUCCUUUUUCUUUUCUUUUCUUUUCUUUUUUCUUUUCAUUUUUUUCUUUUCUUUUUUGUUUCAUUUUUAUUUAUUUUUCUUUUCUUUUUCUUUUUCUUUUUACUUUUCUUUCCUUUUUCUUUUCUUUUUCUUUUCUUUUCUUUUUCCCUUUCCUUUUUUCAUUUCUUUUCUUUUUUCCUUUCUCUUUUCUUUUCUUUUCUUUUUCCCUUUUACUUUUUCUUUCCUUUUCUUUUUUCAUUCCUUUUUCUUUUCUUUUCUUUUCUUUUCUUUUUUUCUUUUCAUUUUUUCUUUUCUUUUUUGUUUCAUUUUUAUUUGCUUUUCUUUUCUUUCUUCUUUUCUUUUUCUUUUUACUUUUCUUUCCUUUUUCUUUUCUUUUUCUUUUCUUUUCUUUUUCUUUUCAUUUUUAUUUGUUUUUCUUUUCUUUGUUCUUUUCUUUUUCUUUUUUCUUUUUUAAGCAUUUAUCUCAAGAAGGCAGGAGUGUCACUAGUAUAG